UUCAGAGACUCUGACACUUAAGAAAGAAGGAGCAGAAAAAGCAGACAGAGAGGCACGAUGGCUGAAUUCAGAUGGAUUAAAAUGUUUUUAUUUCUUAUACUGGAGCUUCAGAUUACAGCAGUGACUGGACAGUAUUCCUCCGUCAUUGUCAGAGAUGGAGAUGAUGCGACUUUGCCUUGUGAAAGUGUGACAGCCAAUCAGGGUAAAUGUGACAAUAUUAACUGGCUCUUCAGUAGUUCAGGAAACCCAGUGGAUCUGGUCAAACGUGGACAGAUUCAUGAAAAUACCAAAGUUAAAUCAGACAGACUGAGUGUUACAGCGAACUGUUCUCUGGUUAUAAAGAAGGUCACACAAGAGGAUGAUGGUAUUUAUUACUGUCAGCAGCACAUAUCAAGACAAGACUUCCAGGUUCUUCUGUCUGUUAUUAGCAUGAAUAAACAUGAAGACAGUGACUAUGUGUCGCUGUCCUGCUUGGUGAGGACACAUUAUCAAUGUGUACACACAGUGAGGUGGCUGAAUGAGGGUCAUGAUGUGGAUGAAGACGUGACAAUAUCACGGGAUGGCUGCUAUGGUGCAGUGAGAUUUCCUGCUUCUCAUCUCAAGCUGAAGUCAACAUCUCAUGAGAUAUUUCAGUGUAAAGUGACAGAUGGUUACACUAACAAAGAACAUCUGUUUACCUUCAGCCCUCCGUCCUCAGGUGAGAAUAUGAAUUAUCACAAACUACAGUUCAGUAAUGAGAGAUCAAUAUUCAAUAACCUCUAA